AUGGCGGAAAUUCUUACCACAUUGGGAAUAAUCGCAUAUAGAUUUCCUGAACAUUCUGAAAAAGAACGGGAUAAAAUUUUACGUGUUUUCUUAAACAAGUUAAAAGAUCCGAAUCAUUCAAAUUCAGCAUUUAAAGGCUUGCAUUAUUUUUUAUUUAGUUUUCCUGAUUCAUUGCAAAAAG